AUAACUGAAUAAUAUUCAUGUAGUAAUGUGUACAAAGCAAUCGACGUUGUUCGAUUAAAAACUUAAUCGGUCCAUGUAUUGUGUUUGUAUUGUCCAAUCUUGUUAAGACCAAACUCAUAGCCAUGUCGCUGUUUAAACUGAAUUCUAGACCAACGUUUUUCUGCAAACUACGAUUAUCGGCACGAUCAUACGCAAACGAUGUGAAAAAAACGAAAUUGCACGAGUUUCACGUCCGUCAUGGAGGUAAAAUGGUGCCGUUCGCUGGCUACAUGAUGCCAGUCAAAUAUGCCGAUAGCAUAGCGUCCUCGCACCUCCACACACGUCGGCAGUGUUCUUUGUUCGACGUUUCGCAUAUGUUGCAGACGAAAAUUCAUGGCAAACAUAGGGAACAGUUCAUGGAACAGAUUUGCGUUACGGACGUACAGAAUCUGGGAAUGGGAAAAAGUGCGCUGAGCUUGUUUAUAGACGACCAGACGGGUGGUAUACUGGACGAUUUGAUCAUAACGAAAACCAAUGGUGAUUAUUUGUACAUGGUGACUAACGCUGGUUGCAAGGAACAGGACAUGCGAAUGUUAACUGAACAAUUGUCUAUUUUCAAAUCGAGCGGCCAAGACGUGAGCUUGGAGUUUUUGGACAGCGAUGAACAGUCACUGUUAGCCUUGCAGGGACCCAGUUCCGCGGGCGUGUUGCAGUCAGUAGUAGGCAAAUCCACCGAUCUGUCGGGGCUAUACUUCAUGGACUCGACUACGGCCACGGUCUGCGGUGUGCCGGACUGCCGGGUCACCCGGUGCGGCUAUACCGGCGAAGACGGUUUCGAAAUAUCUGUGCCUUCCGAUCGGGUCGAGGCGAUCGCUGAAUCAUUCGUCGCCCACGACGACGUGAAAUUGGCUGGGCUGGGCGCCAGAGACACUCUGAGGUUGGAAGCCGGUAUGUGUUUGCAUGGAUCAGAUAUAAGCAUUGAUACAACGCCGGUCGAAGCUGCGUUGAUGUGGACCAUAAGCCGUAAGAGAAGAGACGAACGACGGUUUCCUGGUGCUUCUGCGAUUCUGAAACAACUGAGCGAUGGCGCACGACGCAAGAGAGUCGGUCUCGUUCAAAAAGCUCAAGGUGCACCGGUCAGGGGCGGAGCAGUUUUAUUUAACCCAGUGAACGGCGAAAAAAUCGGUUCGGUGACUAGUGGUUGCCCGUCUCCGACAUUAUCCCAAAACAUAGCCAUGGGCUAUGUUGACAGUCGAUUUGUCAAAAACGGAACGGAUAUACUAGCGGAGGUUCGAGGACAGAAGAUACCUAUGGUGAUCACAAAAAUGCCAUUUGUGAAAGCAAAUUAUUAUUCAAAACCCAAAUAAUAAACAAUUUAAUAUUUAAUCUAUUAAUAAUUUAUUCGAUUAUUAUCUAUCACAGAGAACUACGUUGACGUUGACAUUGAUGAAAUAUUUGAACUAAAAAAAAAAAAAAAAAUAGAAUAUUAAAUUUUUGUGGACAAUAAACGUACUUUUAGAUUGUAUUAUUUAACA